AUGAAGCUAAGAGCAAUAGACUUUGUGAUGUCAUAGGAUAAAAGCAAGACCAUGGAAUUGGAGCUGGCUAAGAAACUCAAAACCGAAUUUGACAGUAAAUAUCACCCUACCUGGCAAUGCAUUGUUGGUAAAAACUUUGGAAGUGAUAUUGGAUUCGAGGAUAAACAUAUGAUAUACUUUUACCUUGGCUCCACAGCUAUUUUACUCUGGAAAGCUGGAUGA